AUGUCACCGGGUAAAGAAAUGGCCCUCGGAAACAUGCUUUUUGCACGUUCAUCUCUAGCAGACUACGAGCAGCUUUGUAAUAUCGACGUCUUGGGACUUGAAGACAGACCAGAAGGUGAUCAGAGCUUAGUUUACGAAGAGUUCAAGGAGCAACUGAGCCGCAACCAAGAAGGGUGGUAUGAAACAGGGUUGCUAUGGAAACAGAACCACGACACCCUUCCAAGCAACGAGAAAGGAAGCAUAAAGCGUCUUCAAAACCUGCUAGAGAAACUUCAGAAGAAUCCAGAUCUGAUGGAGAAGUAUGAUGACGUGAUCCAAGAUCAGCUACGUCAAGGAAUUGUAGAAGCGGUUCCUGAAACUCCAGCGGCAAAGGAGUUCUAUAUUCCACAUAAGCCGGUAGUGAGAGAAACAGCCGAGACUACGAAAGUGAGGGUAGUCUAUGACGCAUCAGCCAAAGAAACCGAAAGCAGUCCCUCGUUAAACGAGUGCUUAGAGACCGGUCCCCCUCUCCAGAAUCUACUGUGGAACGUCCUCGUGAGAAGUCGGUUCAAGCCCGUUGCAUUAGCCGGGGACAUCAAGCAAGCCUUUCUGCAAGUUCGCAUACGCCACGAAGACAGGGACGUUCUGCGAUUCCACUGGAUCAAAGACGGAAAUCCUGACGCCGUCACCGUUCUGAGAUUUACGAGAGCAAUGUUUGGACUUGCGCAGUCUCCCUUUCUUCUUGCAGGUACACUACAGCGGCAUCUUGAUAGCCUCGAAGACAAGUAUCCCAGGGAAGUACAAGAAAUCAAGAGAAGUCUUUAUGUAGACGACAUAAUUACAGGGGGAGAAACCUCRCACGAAGUCGCAGAGUUGAAAGAGACCACGAAAUCCAUCUUUGGYGAAGCGGGUUUUGRGCUGCACAAGUGGCACUCUAACGAUCCAAUGCUGGAAGAGGAAGAUGGCCAUCAGAAAGGCGAAAGUCAGAGCUUUGCAAAGCAGCAGCUGGGAGUAAAACCAGGAGAGACCAAGGUCUUAGGAUUGACUUGGAACAAGGAAAAGGACACCAUCGCAGUGACGUUCCCAGAGAGACCUCAAGACACGACUAAAAGAGAGAUGUUGAGGUUCCUUGCCUCGAUCUACGACCCCUUGGGUGUGGUAGCACCAGUAACCCUUGUGGGCAAACUUAUCUACCGAGAGGUGUGUGAUCAACGGAAGGCAUGGGACGAGAAACUAUCYRGUGAAAUGGUGAAGCGAUGGCUCAAAUUCGCUAGCAACCUGCCAGAGAGAGCUGAGACACCUCGCAGCUUAGCAGUCUUUCAAGAGCCUAUCCAGUCGAUUGACCUCCACGUUUUUGGAGACACAAGUGGACAAGGUACAUCAGCGGUGGUGUAUGCAGUUGUUUCUCAGAACUCUGGUACCUUCAGUGGAUUGGUAUGCGGGAAAGCCCGUCUAGCAAAGAAGAGUCUUACAAUCCCGAGGUUGGAACUUGUUUCUGCACACAUGGCAGCCAACCUGGUGGACAAUGUGAGAACAGCUCUAGAAGAUCUUCCAGUAAAGUCAGUCUACGGAUGGCUUGACAGUACAGUCGCUCUAUACUGGAUCAAGGGCAAAGGUUCCUACAAGCAGUUUGUCACUAACAGAGUCAACAAGAUAAACGCUAAGUGCUACAUCACUUGGAGACAUGUUGGUACCGAAGACAACCCAGCCGAUAUUGGAAGCCGUGGAUGCAGUCCUGAAAGACUUGACCCAACGUGGAAGAAGGGACCAGACUGGUUAACUCAGAAAGAUCAGUGGCCUGAGGACAAAACUCUAGAACCAAGCGAGGAGACUGAGACUGAGUCAAAGCAGACGAGAGAAGUGUUUGGAGCAGCUGUCGUCACCGAGGACGAGAUGGACGAAAUGUUAAAGAAACAUUCCUAUUGGAAGGCCGUCCGUAUAACCACUUCGAUUCGGCGGUUCGCGAAGAACAGUCGUCUGAAAAGAACCGAGCGAGUGUCUGGGCCUCUGAAAGCUAAAGAAACAUAG